CGGAAUAUUUGGUAUAUGAUCCGAAUAUAAACAGGGAUAAAAGAUUUGGAUAAGGAUACGAAAUAAUUACUCCAUAUACCAUAGUGAGAUAGGAUAAAAGAUACAGAUACACCACCAAACAGACUGUAAAGGUACCACGUAUUAACACCGUUAAAACAUCUUCCAGCAUAAACAGAUGGCAGAUGUUGCAGCUGCUUAGCUUAUUCAAGCAGUGAUCAGUCUCAAUGAAGAUCUUUCUUUCACCCAUUUUCUCUCUCUUCUCUCUGCUUUUACUUACCAGGGUAACAUCUAAAGGCUUAAGCCAUGCACAUCCAAAACAUGCUGCGACACCACCAAGGGGAUGGAAUUCGUAUGACUCCUUUUGUUGGACAAUCUCUGAAGAAGAAUUUCUAAAAAAUGCAGAACUUGUUUCUAAACGGCUUCAUGCUCAUGGAUAUGAGUAUGUUGUGGUUGAUUACCUCUGGUAUAGGAAAAAGGUACCUGGAGCUUAUCCAGAUUCUUCAGGAUUCGAUGUCAUUGAUGAGUGGGGAAGAAUGGUUCCUGACCCUGAUAGGUGGCCUUCAUCCAAGGGUGGGAAAGGAUUCACCGAAGUGGCCAAAAAAGUGCAUAAAAUGGGGUUGAAAUUCGGAAUACAUGUUAUGAGAGGAAUAAGUACACAGGCAGUAGAUGCUAAUACACCUAUCUUAGACACCAGUAAGGGAGCUGCUUAUAUUGAGAAUGGAAGAAAAUGGACUGCAAGUGAUAUAGGGAUGAAAGAUAAGAAAUGUGUGUGGAUGCCACAUGGGUUUAUGAGUGUGAAUACAAAUUUGGGAGCAGGAAAAGCAUUUUUACGAUCGCUUUAUGAACAAUAUGCUGAAUGGGGAGUUGAUUUUGUGAAGAAUGAUUGUGUUUUCGGGGAUGAUUUGGAUAUAAAAGAAAUUAGCUAUGUAUCAGAGGUUCUUAGGAAACUUUCACGCCCAAUUCUAUAUUCCUUAUCCCCUGGUACAAGUGUCACACCUGCUAUGGCCAAGGAAAUUAGUGGAUUAGUAAAUAUGUACAGAAUAACCGGGGAUGAUUGGGACACUUGGGGAGAUGUGGCUGCACACUUCGACGUAACAAGAGAUUUUGCAGCUGCGAAAAUGAUAGGAUCCAGUGGCCUGUUGGGGUUAUCAUGGCCGGACUCAGAUAUGCUGCCACUGGGGUGGCUCACUGAUCCAGGUUCUAACGAAGGCCCACACAGGAAUUGCAAGCUAAAUUUCAAUGAGCAGAAAACUCAGAUAACUUUGUGGGCUAUGGCCAAGUCUCCGCUUAUGUUUGGAGGAGAUAUGAGAAAACUUGAUGACACUACGUAUAAACUCAUCACUAAUCCUACCAUUCUGGAAAUCAAUGCUUUUAGUUCAAAUAACCAGGAGUUUCCUUUCAUUAGGAGCUCUGAUUCUACCAAAAGUAACCCCUCAUCUCAUUCAGCACAUAAGGAAAACAUUCAAAGUUCUCACACAAAUUCUUUGGCUCUUGUGAGUUGCAAGGAACCCAAAGCAAAAGGCUGGUUAGUUGAAUCUGUUGACCAUGGUCUUGACCAAGUUUGCUGGAAAGAUAAUUCUGAAAUCAAUGAAGCACCCUUCUGCGUAUACAAGGGAAAAGCACAAGUUACAUCAGAUGAAGAGCUCUAUGGAACACAGUAUGAUGGAAAAACUCAUCUAUUAGAAACUUCCGAAGCAGAACUGUGUAUUGAGGCUUCUUCUAGACAAAGACUUACUUCACAAGAGUUCAAGAGGGGCUCUUCAUCUAAAUGCAAAAGGGAUGCCAAUCAGAUGUGGGAAUUAAAUAUGAAUGGCACCCUUGCGAACAGUUAUUCUGGUUUAUGUGCAACUGUAAAGACGGUUAAAGCUAAUGCUACCCCUGGAGGAAUUCGCUCUUGGGUUGCCACUGGAAGAAAAGGAGAAGUGUAUCUCGCCUUCUUCAAUCUGAACGAAGGGAAGACAAAAAUAACAACGCACCUGUCAGAUCUAGCAAAGGUACUCCCUGGUGUAAAAUUCAAAGAUGUAUCCAAAUGCGGAGAAGUUUGGAGCAGGAAAGACUGUCAUAUAAGAAAAGGGUCAAUUUCCAUGGACGUAGAAGCGCAUGGAGCAGCAUUACUUGUUCUGGCAAACAACAGAGAAUUAAUCAAAGUAAUUAGCAUUGGUUAUAAAGUUAAGAUCAAUUUUGACAGAUCAAUGGUUAAGUUGAAAACCUGAGAAGAAGGUUUGUGGGGAGGAAUAGAGAGCACCCCUUGAUCUUCUUACUCCGGGAGAUGGUUCGAAAUUAUGGGUGUUACAAGGCAAUAAAGGUUUUCAUGGUGUUCAUAAUCUUAUUUUUGCAUCUAGCCCAAAGGGCAGACAUGAACUCUUCUACACAAUAUUAUGACGAUUAAGUCGGUACUCUGCUGUCUUCUCUCCUUUACUCUUC